UUAUGAUUAUUAUACUAUUAUUAUUGCUAGGAAAAAUAGUUGUGCGAGUCUAGUAGUAACAAUAGCAGCAUUCGCUCAUUUUCUCCGCCGCUGAGGGCUGACCGGAUUCCCUCUGAAAUUCACCUGCUGUCAGUUCCAGUCCACCCAUCUCCAUCGAAGAAGACUGGGGUUGAAGAGGAACGUCUUAGGCAAACGCAGUUUAGCUUCCCUUUUCUGGCCAAGCUAAUUCCUAUAGGUUAGGCUUAGCUACCUUCAGAUUAAGUCAAACGCAGCAGCAAUUGCCAACAGGAGUGUAAGAUACUACUACGACUACUUGGUAGUAACAGAAAACCAUCUGAUCUGAUCAUCUGUAUUGAUGGCUGACUCGGACAACGACUCAGGAGGGCAUAACAACAGUAAUGCAAACAACGAGUUAUCACCAAGAGAGCAAGAUAGGUUUUUGCCCAUAGCUAACGUGAGCAGGAUCAUGAAGAAAGCCUUGCCAGCCAACGCCAAGAUCUCGAAGGAUGCUAAAGAGACUGUGCAAGAGUGUGUCUCCGAGUUCAUCAGCUUCAUCACCGGGGAAGCCUCCGAUAAGUGCCAGAGAGAGAAGAGGAAGACCAUCAACGGGGACGAUCUUUUGUGGGCCAUGACCACGCUAGGUUUUGAGGACUAUGUUGAGCCUUUGAAGGUUUAUCUGCACAAGUUCAGGGAGAUGGAGGGAGAGAGGACUGCCCUCGGAAGGCAACCGACUGAUCAGAGAGAUGGCUCUUCCGCUGAUGACAGCACUAACGCUGCCGCUGGGGGUGCUUUUGCUGGACCUGCCAUGUAUGGUGGGAUGCAGUCAACCAUGAUGUUGAUGGGGCAUCAUCAUCAUCAAUCCCAUAUGUAUGGAUCUGGCACUAGCAGUGGAUCCUCCUCCGGCAGGCCUAGGUAGAUUAAUUAAGCACUGCUAAUUCGCAACAGUUUGUUCAUAUAUCUUUUACUCAUGCAUGAUUUCAUUCCGAACUUUUCCUAGUGUUUUUCAUGCCUUUGAUUGGAGAGAAUAUGCGUGGAGAUAGAUUAUUCCCUUUCACUUUUGUGGAGUUGGAGGAGGAGAAAAUAUACAACAUAUAUAUAUAUGUAUACUAAUAUCAGCCGCUUGAACAUUACAUUUAUAUCUUAUGUACUGUUAUCCCAUAAAUUCAAUGCAGUUAUAGUUUAAUUCAA